ACCGAGCCCUCCCGGUUCUCGAGGACAAAAGAAGCAGACGACUUCAAGAAUCCUCCCUGAUCCAACCCAGACAGGAGUCUGUGUUGACCAGAACUUUUCCCCUGGAACCGAAAGCAGUGUCGCUGGCCGGCACAACCCGUUUCCCGUGGGACCCCUCUACAAAAUCAAAAUGGCCCCUCUCUGGAUCCUCUGCAUCUUCCUCGCCCUUCAGACCACACUGGCCAGCGACAUAGUGGAACCCGGCCCUCAGAGUGGCAUCGUACUCCAGGAUGCACCCGGCCUGCUUCUCACCAAUUGCCGCGUCCACACUCAACGUGUAUAUGCCCGCCUUGACCCGUGGGACGUGUACCGCAAGCAUUUCAGGUCACCCUCUCAGAUGAACCUGGAAACUGGCCCUACUUCCGAGAUAGGAUCCAACAUCGAACACGCCAAGCGUACCACUAGCCACAUGCUCGAACAGCUGCAGAAAUUCAUCGUCACAGAAGAGGAACUGAGCGGCAAAGCCCGUCCCAAGCGUUUCCUAGGUGGACUUCUUACCGCUGCUUCUGCUAUCGGCUCCCUAUUCUCAGUAGGCCUCUCCGCCGUUAAUACUGUUAGCCUGACUGCCGUCAAGCGCGAAAUUAGCACACUUAAAGAGGAAAUGCCAGAAAUUCAGAGUAGGCUGCUAACCCAACAGGAGACGCUGCAGGACCUAGGCAAAACCCUGCAGGGAACCAUACUCGCUGUUAAUAUGCAUUCAACUCUCAUUAACAAUACUGUGCAUGCCGUAGACCGUUUAGCCACUAUCAUGAGAAGCGAAGUGAAGUACGUUCGAGUAAUUAGAGACUUAAUGCAAGAUCUGAUGCGAGAAGUAAGCAGCUCCCUCAGUACUCUGGGUGGAGGCUCCCUAAUCUACCAAAUUUCCCUGGGACUUCUCGUUAGUGGCUGGGUUAUCACUGUUUUCAUAGCCAUCACACUACACAGGUACAUACUGACAAUGCACCGCAAACUGCACCACGCGAUCUAUGUGCCAGAGAACUAUGAUCGCGCCCGUGUCCGAGGGCGCUGA